CUUUAGUCCCUUGUAUAUAAAACAUUUUAGUGAUGUUAAUUUACUGUCAUGGCCGACUUCAAGAAAGUAAAAUCUCGAAAUAUUAGGAAAAGACGCAAAUCUUCAGACAGUGACUCAGAUUCAGUUGAAGAAGAUACUGUCACAAAAAUCCAAGACAUAAAGGAACUACAGAAGCAAAGAAACAAGCAGAAUGGUGUCAACGCAACAGCUCUGGCACUGGGAAAGAAAAUAUCUAAAGAACAGGCUCUGUCAAAUAGUGACCCUUUCAAAAUGGAGACUGGGGGCAUGGUGGACAUGAAAGCACUGAAGAAAAAGAAGCUGUCGACUGAGGAAAUAGAAGCUAUUGGCACAGCAUUCGCAGCUGAAACAAACAGAAGAGAUGAGGACACAGAGAUGUUGAAGUACGUAGAGGUUGAGUUAGCAAAGAGAAAAGGACAUCAUAAAGAAGAAACACCAUCAAAAGGACCGUCUCAAGAUGAUGCUUUGUUUGCUUUACCUGAAAAACUGAAAGUUGGCUCAUCCAGCAAGAGGACAGAGGAUAUGUUGUCCAAUCAAAUGCUGUCAGGCAUUCCUGAAAUUGACCUUGGUAUUGAGGCCAAGAUAGCCAACAUUGAAUCCACUGAGAAUGCUAAGCAGAAGCUUCUGAUUGAGAAGAUGAGAAAGAAGGACCAUGAGGUGUCAGCUUUUGUCCCAACAAACAUGGCAGCCAAUUUUGUUCAACACAACAGAUUCAAUAUUGAGGACACAGCACCGAUACUAAAAAAGCCAGUAGAGGCUCCGAAACAAGAACCAGUGAGAGUGGGAGAUGUGGACAAAUUAAAGAACGCAGGAAAAGGAUCAAAAGGCACAGAGAAGGCCACAGAUGACUUUCAUUACGAGAAAUUCAAGAAACAGAUGAGGCGAUACUAAGAAGCAAUACAUCCAUACAUAUGCCUGGAUAGCUUUGGAUUGACUGGCGAGAGAGAGAGAGAGAGACAGAGAGAGAGACAGAGAGAUGUGACCAUAGUUAAGGUUCAUGACACACCCUCAGGUCAUAGACAAUCUUUUUUAAGUAUGAGCAUCUCAUGUUGCCCAGUGAAAGCCCAGACAUGAUUGCCCAGACAGAGUGAGACAGCUAAAACAAUUCCUAUAUACAUCACAUCCCAACUUUAUUUAUGAGGAUAUAAAGAAGAUAUCUCCAUCUCCUCACCUUCACCUUAUCCACCAAAAUUAACACCCUCUUAUUAUUAUUUUUAUAGGCCCCUUUAAUUGGAGAUUCAGAGGCAAAUAGUUUUUGGUCUGUCGGCAAAAACCUUUAACCUUGGCCUUAUCUUUUGAAGGGAUAGUGAUAGAGCUUUCAUAUUUUACAUGUGUAUUCCUCGUGACCUUUCUUUUGGUACUAACAUUUUUGACCUUGUGACCUUCACCUUGGAGUUUGACCUACUUUGAAAAACUUUAUCCUCAGGCCAUAACUUUUGAAUGGUUAGUGAUAGGGCUUUCCUAUAUCACAUAUGUAUAUGUAUUCCUUGUGACAAGACCUUUCUUUGGGUACCAUAAUUUCUUUGCUUCCAUAUGGGGGCAUCGGUAUUUCACAAACACAUCUUGCUUUGUUUUUUUUCACAUGUUUUAUUAUCAAUAAACUUUAUUAUUGACAUACAUGUAUAUUGAAAUAAUCUGAAGCGUUAAAAAUUUUCAAAAGUUAGUACUUCAUCUAAUAUUUAACAGAAAUUGAGUAAAUGUCAAGUUUGAUUUUGCAACAUAUAAAAGAAGGAGAGAAAAAAAAGACUGUCAAUACUAUCAUAAGAAUCAAUGUGCAUCAUACCUAUCACAUUCUCCACAAUUUAAUAACAAAAGGCAUUUUUUGUGAGAUUGAGAACUGUCAAAGGGAAAUAAUUCACAUUGUAGUUGGCAAGAUCGCCCACAGCAUUUCAACAAAUGUUUUUAUUUUAGUAAAUCAUCAAGAUUUUUCUCAUUAUUUUCACUAAUGCAAAAUGGUCAAUGGCACUAUCAACUAAAUGUUCUACAUGCACUACGACGGAGCAGGCUUCGAAGAUAUCUGGGAUUGUAUCGAAUAUUCAGUGAUGUGUUCAAUUGUUUUGAUUUUGUGAAUAGGAGACAUUUUAAUUGUGACAGUACACAUCAUUGGAACGAUAGAUUUACAUUUUAUGUUUCUCUAUACCAUAUCUGGAGCUAACAUACAAUAUGUAAUAAAAUUUUUAAUUUGUAAA